GUAAAACGCUGUCCGAGACAGCGAUUUACCCUGGAAGCUUAGUUUGGUAAAUAGUUUUGCCACGCAACCAUUUUUGUCAUUAGUUUACGUUUAGAGCUCAAAUUGGAAAAACGUUCUGUAGAAAGAGUGAUGAGGUAGAAAAAAAGAGUGAAAGAGGUAGAAUAUGAUAUGUGAAUCCCGCCAUUAACACCCACAUUUGAACAAAACCAAACAAACCGCCAUUAAAUUACUCACUCACUCACUCUUCCAACAAAAAAAUCAUAGAUGGCAGCUGCACCACCAGUAAUCCAACUCAUUGACUCCGACGAUGACGACGAUGGCAACGCCAACGCCAAAACUCCAGUUUCCAAACCACUCAACCCCCCUAAUUUCGUCGAUCUUGUGGAAGACAGCCCACUUCCUCCGACGACCAAACUCCACAAUUCAUCGUCUUCGUUUGUUCCCGAAACCCCAUUUUCCAAACUCACUCCUCCUCCUCUUCUCGCUAAUUCUUCAUCAGGUUCUGAUUCAGGAAAGGACCAGGUUAGAAGCCCUGAAUACGGUGUGCUGGAGCGUGAGAUUGAUUUUGAUAGUUGGUUAGACAUAGAUUCAACCGUUUGUCUUCAUAAGGGAGGGGAAUCCAAUGUUCAUGUGGAGGGGAAAGGUCUAGGAAAAAGAAGUUCAAUGGAAAAUGGAAGAACAGUUACAGAUGUGGAACAAAACUCGAAAAAGAGACCUAAAGUUAUGGCAAAUGAGAACUGCCAGGAGAAGGAAAGAAUUACUGCUACUUUCAAUGUGGAUCCCUUGGAUAGUUGUUAUCCAGGGAACUUGGAGUCCACGAAGACAUAUGACCAUAGCAGUCAUAUACAACCUAGUAAAAAUCAUGAUUGUGGACAAAAAAUUGUCACACUGGAAAAAGGAGGUGCAAUUCAUAAGCCAGAAAGUGGAUGUGAUGUUAAUACAGAGAAGAAACAGAACAAAGUUAAUCAGGCUGAAAAUAGAAAGAAAUUAUUAGAGGAAAAAAAGCUCAAGAAGGAGCAAGAGAGGUUGCGUAAAGCAGAAUUGAAGGAUGAAACCGCAAAACAGAAACGGUUGGCAAAAGAGAGGAAGAAGUUGGAGAACCAUACGUUCAGUGCUAAAGACAUUGUGGCUUUGAUUGAUCCGAAGGUUCUGUCAGGUUUAGUUGGAGGUAGGCUUGGACCACUGCUAACCAUGUUUAGCCAGAAAGAUCUUAGGUCUGAAAUUUUUGCAAAUCCCUUUGAAAAAUCAAUUGUUUGGAGAAUAGAGACUCCCAAAGACAUUUCUCAGCAUACUCCGAGAAAAAAUGAUAUACAAUAUAUAUUGCUCAUAUAUGGUGAUGCUGGGGAAUUUUGUAAACGUGCUAAUGAUGGAUCUCUUAUGGAUCAUAUUGCUUCUGUGCAAAAGCAUUAUCCAUCUUACACAAUCUGCUGCCUUACAAAUAGGUUGAUGUCUUUUAUCAAUAAAAGGGAGCAACAGAAGUAUAAACAACAAAAGGUUGCUAGUGACUGGAUACGCCCACCUGUGGAAGAGCUUUUUGCCAAGUUGACUACUCAGUUCUCCAAUGUUCAUAUAAGACAAUGUGUUGAUGAGGCUGAAGUAGCUGAACAUGUUGUUGGGUUGACAAUCAACCUUGCCAAGUGCCAGUCUCGCAAGAAGCUGACACACUUGUCUGUGAAUGCCAAUGGAUGUAAUGUGACCAAGGAUUGUCUGUACAGAAGCGUUAUAAAGAAGGAUUCAUGGUUAAAGGCACUGGUUUCAAUCCCGAAAGUGCAACCUCGACAUGCUUUUAUUAUAGGGAAGAAUUAUUCUUCUAUGAAGUCUCUCUUGCAAGUCUACAUGGAUCCGACUAAAACUGUAUCUGAAAAGGAAUUAUUACUCGAAGAUCUACCUCUAGAAGAUGGGAAAAGAGUAGGCCCGAAAUGUUCAAAGAGCAUAUACAGAAUACUCAUGGCCAAGGAUGGAAACAUCGUGACUGAUAAUGCUGUAAAUGGUGCUGAUAAUUUCUCCAGUCAGUGAGUACAUUGGCUUUUGUUUUGGUGUCCUGUGGUCUAUAUAUACAUCUGUGAAGUUGGGGGGAACUACUCAUUCCCAUUCUUUAAGAGAUCAGAGCAACUUUUGGUGAUGGAGAAGAGCAAAUCAAUGCCGGAAUACUCUUCCUAUGUAAAAGCCAACUAUGCAUUCGAAGAUGGUCCUAGAGCUUACACAUUCAACGGCCCGAGCAACAACGGGGAUGAAUUCGGAGGGUCCGGAAACCCGGAAGUAAAGAGGAAGAAGAGAGUGGCAUCCUAUAACAUGUAUGCCAUGGAGGGUAAGCUGAAAUCAACAUUUCGCAACAGCUUUAAGUGGAUCAAGAGUAAAUUUUCUGAUGAUUAUUUUGAUGUGUAAAACUUAGUAUCAGUUUAAUCUUUCUACCAUGUUAUUGGAACAUUGUGUUGGUUUGUACAGUUUGAUAAAACUAAGUGUGUUUAGGCAUUUCUGGAAUUUGCUUUAUUUGCCAAUCAAGGUUGCAAGUUAAGUUUCAUUUACAGGCAAUUUUAGUAGAGAUUCUCUAUGCCCAAAAUGUCUCAUUUUCAACUUUGUGACUGCCUUAGACAAUAAUAUUGUUGUAGUGAUUAGAAAUCUUUCAAGGAUUUUGCUUAAUACUUCCAAAAUAUAAUACAAUAAAGGGUUAGUUAUGAUAUUUAUUUAA